UCAUUUUUUGUUAAGAAAAAACUGAAGGGAUGGUGCCAAUUUCUUUCAUUUUCUUACAUUUGAAAGGAGGGCCAUAGUAGAGUCAGUACUGUGGUUGCCACUAAUUCAUAGGAAGUAGAAAUCUAAAUUCUGUGAAUAAACUGGCUGUCACUUCAAUUCACAUGCUCGUUGACAUACUUUAGAUUAAGAAUUAGUUGUGGUUUCACCUUACAUGCAUUUUAUUGGAGUUUUAUGGCUACACGUGUUUUUAUGGUAAAACAGUGGCUGUAUGAAGCUGCUGCUAUAGCUUUUGAGGCUAUAUCACGUACUUUGGCUCAGAAUUGCGGGGUGAAUAUGAUUAGAACAAUGACGGCGCUGCAGGGAAAGCAUGCAAAUGGUGAAAAAUCAUGGAUUGGCAUUGAUGGUAACACUGGUGUGAUAACUGAUGUGAAAGAGAAAAAGAUAUGGGAUGCCUACAACGUGAAGGGCCAGAGUUUUAAAACGGCCAUAGAAGCUGCUUGCCUACUUCUCAGAAUCGAUGACAUUGUGAGUGGGAUGAAGAAGAAGCAGCCUCCUGGUGCCAAAGCUCCUUCCAAGCCUCAAGUUGAGACAGAAGGGACGCCCUGA